AAACCCAUAAAAAAGAAUUGGAUGAACUUUAUAAAAAGGUAGAAAAGUUGCAAGAGGAAAAAACCCAAGUAGCGGCUCAGAUUAAUGAAACUAAUGAUAGUCAAGAAAAAGCUAAAUUACAGGCUCAAUUAGCCUCUUUGGAAAACCAAAUUAAAGAUGUUAAAGGCCAAAUUAGUAAAAAAGAGAAGCAAGUUGCUAAUGAUGAAAAAGCGAUUGAUAAUUUGUUUAAAGAGAUUAGCAAUGAUACCUCUCUAACUCCCGAGCAAGUGCAGAAUAGGGCUAAUAAUCCUGAUUUAAAAUCCUGA